AUGUCUCGUGGUAACCCAUCAGCAGCAUUAGAAAAUACACUUUUCCAAUUGAAAUUUACAGCAAAGCAACUAAAGAAACAAUCUCAACGUGCUGCCAAAGAAGAGACUCAAGAGACGAAUAAAUUAAAGAAAGCAUUAAAUGAAGACGAAGAGAUUGCCAAAAUAUAUGCUUCUAAUGCUAUAAGGAAGAAAAAUGAAAGAUUACAAUUAUUGAAACUAGCUUCAAGGGUUGAUUCUGUGGCCUCAAGAGUUCAAACAGCAGUCACUAUGCGGGCUGUAUCGUCUUCCAUGGCUAAUGUUUGUAGGGGUAUGGAUAAAGCUCUCGCAAGUAUGAAUUUGGAACAAAUAACGAUGAUUAUGGAUAAAUUUGAAAAACAAUUCGAGGACUUAGAUGUCAGUGUAAAUGUUUAUGAAAAAAUGGGUACUAGUUCAGAUGCAGUUAUGGUUGAUAACGACAAAGUUGAUGAAUUAAUGGCCAAGGUUGCUGAUGAAAAUGGUAUGGAGUUGAAACAAUCUGCACCAGUCGAUGCCUUACCAACGAUAUCUCAGGAAGCUGAUAAAGUUGUCGACGAAGAGAAAGAAGAUAAAUUAGCUCAACGACUAAGAGCUCUUCGUGGUUGA